AAGUGGCUUCACAAUAGUCGGUCCUCGGCGGUGUAGGCUGCGCACCAGGUCCACACUUGAGCUAAAUCCAGGAGAGCCCCUUCCACUUCUACCUUGGGCUUGGUGCUCAAUGCGAAGCUGCUGCAACUCAGGCACGCCUAAGUCAACUCAUGCAGAAAAAGGAGAAAAGUUUUGGUAUACAAAUGCUCUCAGUCCAGCCAGACACCAAGCCGAAAGGUUGUGCUGGCUGCAACCGAAAGAUCAAGGACCGGUAUCUUCUAAAGGCACUGGACAAAUACUGGCAUGAAGACUGCUUGAAGUGUGCCUGCUGUGACUGUCGUUUGGGAGAGGUGGGCUCCACCCUGUACACUAAAGCUAAUCUUAUCCUUUGUCGCAGAGACUAUCUGAGAUUUUGCGUUGGAGACAAAUUUUUCCUAAAGAAUAACAUGAUCCUUUGCCAGACGGACUACGAAGAAGGUUUAAUGAAAGAAGGUUAUGCACCCCAGGUUCGUUGAUCUAUCAACAUCACCCCAUUAAGAAUACAAAGCACUACAUUCUUUUAUCUUUUUUGCUCCACAUGUAUAUAAGAAUUGACACAGGAACCUACUGAAUAGCGUAGAUAUAGGAGAGCAGGAUGGUUAUAUGGAAUAAAAGGCGGACUGCAUCUGUAUGUAGUGAAAUUGCCCCAGUUCAGAGUUGAAUGUUUAUUAUUAAAGAAAAAAGUAAUGUACAUAUUGCUGGAUUUUUUUGCUUGCUAUUCGUUUUUGUGUCACUUGGCAUGAGAUGUUUAUUUUCGACUAUUGUAUAUAAUGUAUUGUAAUAUUUGAAGCACAAAUGUAAUACAGUUUUAUUGUGUUACCAUUUGUGUUCUGUUUGCUUCUUUGUAUUGUUGCAUUUAGUACAAUCAGUGUUUAAACUUACUGUAUAUUUAUGCUUUCUGUAUCUACCAGCUAUUUUAAAUGAGCUAUAACUUUCUAGUAAAGAAUUGAAGAGCAAAUCUCACUAAUGAUGCACAUACAGAUAAAGCAAGUCUAUCAACAUUAAAAUACUAAAAAAAAAGAAGAAGAAGAAAUGAAGACACACACAAAGCAUUUUAGCAACAUCCACUAUUAUUGCCACUAUGAUUUAGAGUCUAUCAGUGUUCUCAUUAUAACCCCCGAUUUUCAGGGGGUUAAAGAUCAGCUUUAAAAAUGCAUAAAAAUUUCAUCUUAAAGCACUUUCAUUUUAUACCAACAUGAAAAGUGCCAUUUUUAGAAUAACUUUAAAGCUUAGCAAUUAUCCUUUUAAUAUCCUUUUUUUGUGUGUGUGCUCUUUACCUACACAAUGGCUUUGUUUUGUUUUGUUUUUCAGCCACUUACCCCUUAUGUAAACUAGUGCCUUUGGGUAUCAUGUAAAAUUUUUCCAAAGGGUUACUUUAGACAAGUGUUAACCACAAUUAUGAGAUAAUUUUAAAAUGAUAAAUUUCUUGUACAAAUUUUGCCCAGAUUUCUCCCUGAGAGCUAAGGGUUUAAUAACUUGAUGGCUUGACAAAUUUCUGGCACUGAAAGGAUUUGAGUGCAAAUCUACUGAAACCAUGAUAAUGCAUACUGAAGCUAUGAUGAUAUUUGAGUGGUGAGCUUACUUUUUUGAUCAGAGCAACAUAGUGCUCACAGAAUCUUCUAGAAGAAGAGAAACAAAGGGAUUGUCAAAGAGCUGAGAACUGGUGAUUAUAUAUUUUUCUGUAUUUACCUGACACUUAUUUUAAUGUUCAAAAAGUGAAGACUUUAAAAGUUUGACAUGUCUUACUCUUACUGCUUUCUUUAAGUAGCUACCCGCUCAGAAUAUAUAUAUCACACUUAAGGCUGAAAUCUGUCAUUCCAUGUUUUAAAGGUGAAAAGUUAUUCCCUUACCAACAUGAUAGAUGAUAAAGAAGAAAGGUUUCUAGAAACAAAUUAUGGAGACCGAUUAUUUCAAUUACAAUUAAGGAAAUAAAAAUAAGACUAUGAUCCCUUCUUCUGGGUUGCUCACACUUUGCUUCUUUGCUUCUGCUCCCUGUAAUAGAACUACUUUUCAACAAAUCUAAUUUGACACAGGCACAAUGAAGCAUAUUUUUGCUAGAGCAAAUUUAGUGCUGUGGGUUUUCUUUUCUUUUCUUUUCUUUUUUGAUUACUUGUAUAGGAAACAAUAUUUCCCGGUGUUAUUUGCAUACAUAUUUUGUCCUGCCAAUAGAUGCAUUGCAGAUGAAAAUUAAAUGUGAUACCUGAAUUCUUGGUUUGAGGCCAAAAUAUUAAACUGAAAAUAAUGCUGGUGUGGAUUUUUGUUUUAAAACCAAGCUUUAUUAUGAACAUGCAUGUGAAUCUGGAUAUUGCCUCUCAUUUUUCAGAAAUAGUUCUGUGAAAAGUGAAUGAUAUGUAUUUUUACAAAUACUUCAUGGUUAAGAGUGUUCAAGUCACAUGUCCCCAAGAUUUGAGAUAUACUGAAAAAAAAAAGAAUUUCAAAAAUAGCUAUCUGGGGCCCACAAAGUAACCAUUAUUUUAGCCUUGGAGCCUUACAUCUUUUUCAUGAUAAGACUCGCAUAGCCAAAAUCAAAACCCAAACCGAACAAAAGGUGGUGGGGGGCAGGGGAUCCGUGAAAAGUGGUUUUUCUCAACCAGCUCUGCGAGCCCCCAUUAAGAGGUAUCUGAAAUUCAUGUGGAUGUCAAAUUGUAAUUGCCAGUAUCUUUUUCAAAUGAUCAUUUUUAGAUUUAAAUGGUUUUGCAUAUGUUUAUCAAUAUGUCAAAAUACUUGUAAAUUGGGAACAAACUUCUCUUAGCUCCUGGAAGCUGUUCAAUAUCCUUGCACCCAAAGACCAAACAAGUUUUUAUUGCCUUUUCUUUUCCCAAAUCCUUCGGGAAUUAAUUCUUAUGCUUUUUUUACUACAAGCAAAAUUACUCACCUGGAUUAAAGAUUAAGGCCUUAAUCUCUUUAGAUUAUCUCUAAUCUCCAUGAAAUUGUGAAACCAGACAGAAAUGGGUCAUUUUAUAGCUAAUUGCCCAUAAGUAGUAGCAUUUUUGACCUGAAGUACUAACCUAAUUGUCUUGACUACGCAAAGUCCCUGAAUUGUCGUCACCUUUCCUCUUUGUGUUGUGUAGCCCUGACGUCACUUAGCUUCUUGCCCGAUGCCUCCAGUAGGACACCUCCAAAAGAGCUUUGAUUUCUCAAGCAGUUUGAAAGCUCCCUUCCUAACAUGCAUCUAAGAGAGGCUGCCUAUGAUGAAGGACCAGGCACCUCCACUCCACCAGAGUGCUGGCUGAGUUUAAAAGCUGACCUGUGUUUGUAAUUUCACUUUCAUCUUGCUUAAUAAAUAUCUGCUGGAUUCUUUCAUUCA